AUGCCCACCAAGCCCAAGUCCCCGACCACAGUCGAAGAAGCAGAUGGGCCAGAAGAUACGCCCCCUGGACUGUCGGCGCCCGAUGAUGUCUGCCCGGAGGAAUUGAAGUCGCUCGAGAAGCAUAUUCGCUGGAAGACCGAUAUCCGCCUCUGUACCUUAGCAGGUAUCCUGUGCAGUCUGAACCUGUUGGACUCCGGCAUCCUCUCGUCGGCGUCCGUCACCAGCAUGCUACAGGACCUUGACCUCCAGGGCACGCGAUACUCGGUUUCCAUCUUCAUCUUCACCAUCUCCAGCGUGGUCUUCCAGCUUCCCUCCACAAUCGCCGUGCGAUUGGUCGGUCCGCGCAUCUGGUUCGCCGGCAUCACGUUCUGCUUCGGCUUGAUCACGCUGUGCAUGGCCUUUGUCCACACCUGGCGUCAAAUGAUCGCCCUGCGCGUGCUCCUCGGCAUGGCGAUGUCAGGCAUCUACCCGGGGCUGACCUACCUGGUCAGUACCUGGUACACGCGGCGCGAACAGCAGCUGCGCUUUGCCUUCCUCCAGUCCGGCGAAGUAACCGUGCUGGCCACGGGCAACAUCGUCAACUUCGGACUGAACCAACUCGACGGCCGAGCCGGCCUGCGCGGCUGGCGCUGGAUGUUCCUCGUGCAAGGCCUCAUCUCCUGCAUAAUCGGCGUCGUGACCUACUGGUGGAUGAUCGACUUUCCGGAGCGCGCGCAACACAGCUUUUACUUCCUCUCCGAGGACGAAGCCCGCAUUGCCACGCAACGCAUCCAAGCCGAUCGCGACGACGUCGCCCCGGAGCCCUUCUCCUGGCAGAAAGUGCUAGUCAACUUCGCCGACCCCAAACUCUACGGCUUCGCCGUCAUGUUCUUUCUUCUCAACUUAGUGUCCACAGCCUUGAACUACUUCCUUCCCAUCAUCCUCCAAUCCGGGAUGGGCUUCUCCAGCAACCAGUCCAUUCUCCUCUCCACCCCACCCUACUACUGGUCCGUCAUCCCAGCACUCCUCACCUCCUUCAUCGGCGACACCUACCACGUGCGAGGUCCCCUCAUCACCUUCAACGCCCUCUGCCUCGUCGCCGGCUUCCUCAUGCUAGGUCUCCCCUCGCAGGUCACAGUCCGCUACAUUGGGACUUUCCUCGCGACAGGCGCCUACGUCUCCAACUGGGCGGCCCUCAACGCCUUCAUGGCCAACAACAUCGUCGGCCAAUGGAGUCGCGCUACCGUCGCGGCUGCCGUCUCAGCUUGUAAUGGCCUCGGCGGUGUCGCGGGGAGCUACAUCGUGCGGUCGGUUGAGGCGCCGCGGUAUCAAACUGCUGUUUGGGUUGCGGUAGGAUCCCACAUCCUAAUGAUCGUCAUCGUGGGGAUAUUCACUGUGUGCUUCUAUCGGUGCAAUCAGCAGCAGAAGCAGGGCCUGCGGGUUCUGCAGAAUAAACCCGGAUUUCGAUUCACCUAUUAAUUAGCAGAGACUUUUUUGACAGACAGACAGAAAGACAGAGUCAGUCAUGUGAUGGACUCGACGAAAAUGC